AUGAGUGAUGACAAAUCAGGCAGGCAUAUGUUGUUUCCUCGGCCUACAUUCAAUGUCCACGAGGCCAAAUACUUGAAACCGGAAUGUCAAAGUCAGCCAACGGAUCGCACAUUCAAGGCCCAAACUCUAUUCAAUACUAGAACUGGGCUAACAUCGCUCUCGGGAUUAAUUUACAGAGCCGCAGAAUUCAUAACAAGCCCAUACAUAUCUUUUCAAAGCCCAGCUCUAAAACACGAAUGCCCUCAUGCACUUCCCAGCUCAAACUACAGCCCAGGCGAGGUGGCGAAUCGUUUUAAACAUCACGACAGUUCCUCCAUGCAGAACAAACCAGCCCUCCAUGCCACACAACCCCACCAGCCUACCACCACCUCUUUCGCUAAAAUCCAGUUUCUCCACACUAUAAAAUGGGCUUCUAGCGCCAACAAAAAACUUACAAUUCUCACUGUAGCAACAAGAGAAAGAGAACCGCAGAGGGAAGCACGGCUGAGGGAAGCACAACAAUGCCAGCUCCGAAGGAUCACUGCGAGCAAGCCUUCUCAUCGUAUUAAGUCCGAAGGGGGUGUGACUGAGAUUUGGGACCCAGAGGAGGACCAAUUUCAGUGUGCUGGGUUCGCUCCCAUGAGGACCACUGUACAAACCAAUUCCCUCUCUUUGCCCAAGUUCUUCCCUGCUCCUCGCUUGGUGUUCAUCGAGCAAGGUAGAGGAGUGAUGGGAAUAAGCUAUCCUGGAUGCCCGGAGACAUUCCACAAAGAGCAACAAUUUUCAAGAGGCCAAGGCCAGAGAGGAAUGUCAGGAGACCAGCACCAGAAAGUUCACAGGAUUCGCCGCGGAGACAUCGUUGCCGUACCAGCAGGAGCAGCCCAUUGGUGCUACAAUGAUGGAAAUGAGGAGCUCAUCGCCGUCUCUGUUCUUGAUCUUAACAACCAGGCUAACCAGCUGGACCAAAACCUUAGGGGAUUCAUGCUGGCAGGCGGCCAACCCAAGCAUGGACAGGAAAGAUACGAGAGACCUUCUCAUAGAUUUGCAGGUCAAUCCGAGAGGAGUACUGAAGACACCUUCCAGAACAUUUUCCGUGGAUUUGACGAAGAACUGUUGGCUGAGGCCUUCAACGUUCCAAGAGAGACUGUAAGGAGAAUGCGUCAAGGUAGUUCCAGAGGACCCAUUGUCAAGUGCCAGGAAGAAAUGAAACUUAUGUCACCAGAUCUAGAGGAGGAAGAAGGAAGUGAAUCUUGCUAUGAUAAGAUGCCUCAACCGAACGGGUUGGAAGAAGCCUUCUGCAACAUGAAAAUCAAGCAGAACAUUGAAGUCCAAAGAGAAGCCGAUUUUUACACUAAACAGGGCGGGAGAAUCAACAUUGCGAACCAGCAAAAGCUUCCUAUCCUUCGAUUCCUUGACAUGAGCGCUGAGAGAGGCCAGCUUAUGCCAAAUGCAAUGUACUCACCACACUGGUCGAUGACAGACAACAGAGUCCUCUAUGCUCUCCGCGGUGAGUUGCAUGCACAGAUUGUAGAUGAAAGAGGAAAUACCUUAAUGAACGAGAGGGUUAGGCAAGGUGACAUGUUUGUGAUCCCUCAGUUCUUCGCUGCCAUGUUGAAGGCAGGAAACAAUGGUUUUGAAUGGGUAUCAUUCAAAUCUAGCGGCCAGCCAAUGAAGAGCCCUAUGGUUGGUUCCACAUCCGUGAUGAGGGCCAUGCCCGUUGAUGUCAUGUCCAACGCUUUCCAGAUUUCCCGAAGAGAAGCUGAACAAUUGAAAACGAACAGAGACCCACAAUCCAUGCUGCUUUCUCCUACCAGGACCUCAUUUUGA